UGUACAUCGUAAGAACUGCAGACGCUACCAUCGUAAGAGCUGCAGACGCCACCAUCGUGGCGCACAACAGUCUGGCGCACCCCCAGUCCCCCAGUUCAGUCUGCAUAAGUCGAACAAUCAAGCCCCAGCUCCCACACCUGAUGAGGAGUUCUGGACAUGCUAGUGCAAGGCUUUGUUUGCGUCAAGUGGAACUUCACCGUUCCGUGGUGUUGGUUCUUCUUGCCGGAAAAUCCGCGUCCAGCGAAACCGUGUCUUCUUUCAGUAGCUAUUUGGUCAAGGAAUUCUAUGUUCGUCGAGGGUCUUAAGCCGCCAUGGAGACUCUUCUCUCGCCGCCUUUGCCCUCGGGUCCAAAGCCGGGCAAGCGCCGACCCAGCUUCCUCUUGCGGGAGGAGGUGAUCGGUAGCACGAUGAAGGAGCUUCCGGGCACCUUUCAUCCAAAGGCUCCGAAGAGUUCCAAACGGAUGCCACGACCCUGCGUGCCCACCUGCGACCAGGUCAGCGAUGGGGUCGAGGCAUUGCCCGAGCUUUUGGCGGGUGGGGUCGAAGCUCGGGGCAUCAGCUUGGAUGAGCCAAGAGGAGGUUAUGGCCAGGUCGAGGAAGAAGCAGAUCAAUCGCCAUUGGCAUUUUCAUCCAAUGGCCGUGAGAAGAAACAGGUGCGAUUCCAGUUGGACUCGGUGGCCGAAAGGCCCGAGCACGCGGUGUAUCCUGGAGAGAGUGAGCCGGUGCUCCAAAUGACCUUGGCCCAGCUUCUGGGCCGAUUGGGGUGGAGUGGACCGUUCGAGAGGACGAAGAAGUAAACGAGCAUGAACUGGCAAGCAGCCUCCC